CAUGCUUUCCCACAUAAAAAGCCGAGACGGCACGGGUGCAGACAUUCUUUGCUGUCUACUACGUCAAGAACAUCAUCAUCAUGCCACCAAGUGGGAAAGCCGUCAAGAAAGCCGGCAAGGCCAGGCCCGCCGGAGACAAGAAGCGCGGAAGGAGGAGAAAGAGAAGGGAAACCUUCGGCGUCUACAUCUACAAGGUGUUGAAACAGGUGCACCCCGACACAGGCGUCUCCAGCAAGGCAAUGGGCAUCAUGAACUCUUUCGUCAACGACAUUUUUGAGCGCAUCGCCGCCGAGUCGUCCCGUCUGGCUAACUACAACAAGCGCUCCACCAUCAGCAGCCGAGAGAUCCAAACCGCCGUGCGACUCCUGCUGCCGGGCGAGCUAGCCAAGCACGCCGUCAGCGAGGGCACCAAGGCCGUCACCAUUGGCCAGGUGUGGUCGACCGGUCGCGGCCUAGACUCCUCGUAG